AUGCUCCAAUCCUUAUUGGCAGCGGAGGGCAGCGGAGGGCAGCGAGGGGGCAGCGAGGGGGCAGCAUGCCAGAUAUCGCAAUGUAACCAUUCUACAAGAGUGACUGCCCGUGGCAUUAACGUGCAGAACGUCCUGCAUGCCAUCAACUACGACAUGCCAUCAACUACGACAUGCCAUCAACUACGACAUGCCAUCAACUACGACAUGCCAUCAACUACGACAUGCCAUCAACUACGACAUGCCAUCGACUACGACAUGCCAUCUAGAUGUGGGCAGCAAGGCCAGCUCGCCAGACGUCGCAACAUGACUAUUCUACAACGCCAGCAAGGUCAGCAAGGUCAGCUCGCCAGACGCCGCAACAUGACCAUUCUACGGCCAGUCAUUUUCGUCAGCGCUGGACCUACCAGCUCGGCCAGCUUGCCAGACAUCGCGACAUAG